AUGCUUCUAGAAGCAUGCUUUGAUACUAAUGAUGAAAUUUCCAUUAUAGAUGAAGUUGAUGAGCUUAUGGAACUCAUUAAGAAAACUUGGGGGAUCCUAGGACUGAAUCAAAUGCUGCACAAUAUUUGCUUUACAUGGGUUCUGUUCAACCGAUAUGUUGUUACUGGGCAAGUUGAAAACGAUCUGCUAUAUGCUGCUGACAAUCAGCUUGCUGAAGUUGCAAAAGGUGCAAAGGUGACGAAGGAUCCUGUUUACUCUAAGAUCUUGAGUUCUACAUUGACUGCCAUGUUGGGUUGGGCUGAGAAAAGAUUCCUGGCAUAUCAUGAAACUUUUGAUAGUGGAAAAAUUGAUUCCAUGCAAAGCAUUGUUUCUAUUGGGGUAUCAGUUGCCAAAAUCUUAGUUGAAGAUAUAUCAAAUGAGUAUCGUCGAAGAAGAAAAAAUGAAACUGAUGUGGUACGCAGCAGGAUUGACACUUACAUCAGGUCUUCACUCCGCACGGCUUUUGCUCAGAGAAUGGAGAAGGCAGAUUCAAGCAGAAGAUCAUCAAGGAACCAGCUGAAUUCCCUUCCUGCCCUAGCUAUUCUUGCUAAUCUUGCAAAGGAUGUUGGGGAUCUUGCAAUGAAAGAAAAUGACAUAUUCAGUCCUAUCUUGAAGAGAUGGCACCCUUUUGCUGCAGGUAUAACAGAGUUGACACCAGAUGCUGUACAAAUACUGAGAGCUGCUGAUAAGUUGGAAAAAGAUCGUGUCAAUAUUGCUGUUGAAGAUUCAGUGGAUAGUGAUGAUGGUGCGAAGGCCAUCAUUCGUGAGAUGCCUCCUUAUGAAGCUGAAGGUGCAAUAGCCAACAUGAUCAAAGUUUGGACAAAGACAAGAAUAGAAAGGCUGAAGGAAUUGGUUGAAAGAACUCUUCAACAAGACACACACCAACCCAUUCAAGCAGAAGAAGGGGUCUUUCUCCCAGGAAACUGCAGAAAGAAUAAUAAGCCGUGCUGUCAACCAAGUGAGAGAAUAACAGAUUUUCAGGCAUUAAGCUGGAAGAAUAAUGGGAGCCCUACAUAA